UAAAAUAAAAUAAUAAAAAAUAAAAAACGCCAAAGUCCAUCACAUCACCCCCAAUUCACCGGCGGCGAGCGAGCAACCGAAUCCAUUGCUUGAAGGUGAAGUGUUCAUUUUUAUUUCAGUUGUGAAUUAAUGAUCGUCUAAAGGUUGAUCAUCUUUAAUACCAUGGUUUUAUCCGUGGAAGUUCUGUGUAAGGAAGCACAACAGUGUGAACAGAAGCAGAGGAAGAAAUACACAGCCACCUUAGAACAAUUAUCGGCAUUUGAAGUAUUGCUUGAUGAGGUUUAUGUGGAUUGUCGCCCUAAACCAAGUGAUUAUGAUGCUCGAAGAGAUUUGCUUCGUAUCUUUAAUGAAAUAGCAAAGGAGGUUUAUGGCAAUUCUGCUGAUGCUCCUGUCGUUGAGGUGUUUGGGUCAUUUUCGAUGGAUUUAUUCUGUGUUAAAAGUGACUUGGAUCUAUCUAUCAACUUCACCAACAGAAAAGUUAACAUUACACGGGAGAAGAAGAUUCAGACUCUGAGGAAAUUUGCAAAAAAAUUUUAUCUACUUCAAAGGAAUGGUUUUGUUUAUGGUGUCAAUCCAAUUACAACUGCCAGGGUGCCAGUUCUCAAAGUUGUUGACCGAGGAACUGAAAUUGAAUGUGAUAUAUCAGUUGAAAACCGGGAUGGGAUUUCAAAAUCAAAGACAAUUUACAUGAUUGGUGCCAUUGAUGAACGUUUUCGGAAAUUGAGCUUCUUGAUGAAAGCAUGGGCGAAAGCACAAAAUAUUAACAGCGCAAAGGAUCAAACAUUGAAUUCUUUAUCCAUAAUACUCUUGGUUGCUUUCCAUUUGCAGACGCGAAAUCCUCCCAUACUGCCUCCAUUUUCCGCCUUAUUCAGAGAUGGUAAUGACUCAGUAGCAGUGGAGAGCUCUGUGUGUAAGUUUUCAAACUAUGGAAUCAGAAAUAAAGAAUCAGUGGCUGAGCUCUUUGUUUCUCUAUUAAACAAGUUUCUAUCAGUUGAGAAGCUCUGGUCCGAAGGGUUGUGUGCCAGCACAUUUGAAGGAUCUUGGAUAUCUCAAACACGGGGUUUUGGAGUUGGCCGUAUAAAUGUUGAAGAUUUCGCUGAUAGAUCUCAAAAUGUUGCAAGGGCAGUAGGAGCAGAAGAAGUUAAAAAGAUUUACAGCUGUAUCCAGCUAUCAGUCCAACACAUAUUUGAUUUCUUACAUAAAAAGAUUGGAGGGAACUCUUUAAGGGAGUUCCUAUUUGGCCAAAAUGUAGCCUCCAAGCUAGCUGGCGCUGGUACUGCAAAAUCUAUUGCGAAAGGAAUACAAGCUCGUGCUUCUGGAAAAAAGGAGGUGCAAUCUGUUACAUUGUCAAAAGGAAAUAAAAAAACUGUACAUGUUGAUUCUAUCUUGACAAAAAGCAGGACAUCUGCGAGAAGUCCGAGAGGGAUGGCACAAGGAAAACGUAAACUUCUGGGGCCAACUGACUCUUCCUUGACAAAAAGAAGUCGAACAGAUGAUUGGUUGGGAGGCGCCUUCUCUGAGUUGUCAAGAAGGCAGCCAGGACAACAGCCUAUGCCUUACUACUUGAUGAAUAGUUGGGAACCAGUGGCAAUGAUCUCAAGAGAAGCCAUGUACAAUAGGCCUCAACCUGUUUCGUUUGAGCCUACCUAUGGAAGGAUGAGAUUUGCAGAACCUUCUGGACACCCAAAUCUGAUUGCUCCAGCUGUUCCUCAUAUGUUUCCGUCCAGACCCCCUAUAGGUAGUCAAAUUUCUUAUGAGCCAUUGAGACAUCCUGUUGGUUAUCCUAAUUCGGUUUAUGAUUCUAUGCAUUCCUCAGCAUAUUUUUUGCCCCCUCAUCCUAGGAGGUUUUGAUGUGUAAGGUUAAACCUAAUGAUUCCUCAUCAAUGUAAUUCUGCCAUGGGGAUGUAGAAGUUGAAACAGAUACUAGUUUAAGGG